UUAGCAAUUUGCUAAUAACCUUAACCAGAGGUUACGUAGGAGAGGGACGAAAGCAAUUCCCAAACCGGAUACUCCAUAAACGCUCUAAUAAAAUCUGUGCAUUUGUCUCUUCUUCCACCGCUCCGAAAACCGCUCCCAUGGCGGCGCCGCCGCCUACUCUGCAACUCUCCUUCUCUCUCCUCGCCGCCUCCGUUUCUUCUCCUUCUAACUUCCUCUCGCGAUUCGGCUGCCUCGUCCUUCACAUUAUCCGCAAUCGAAAUCACCAUCUCCACCUCAUGCUCGCUCUUCUGCUUCUCUUCACAUUCACUCUCUCCUUUCUCGCCUUCUCCCUCUACUCCAAGGCCCGGAGAGCUCCGGUUCAUCGCGAACAGGCCGAUGUGGACAAGGUUCCGGAGCUUGAGGAGAUAGAGGACGAGCGCGGGCCUGACCCGACCCGGAUGUCGCAUUCGUUCCUUCUGGAGAUCUUGCCGUCCAGCUCGCCGAAAUGGGAGAAGUUUAGUGACGGAGAGGGGAGUGGAGCGGAGAAGAACGGCGCGGGUUCAGUUGCGAGGAGGGAGGCGGUGAAGGAGAAGAGGAAGAAGAAGAAACGGGCUAGGAAGAAGCGACCCGAUUCGAAUGGGGAGGAGGAUGGGGUAGAGAAGGAGAAGGAAGAAUUGGUAUGUCUGUACCCGUUUACGACGUCGUCCAGUGCGACUCAGAGGAGGAUUAAGCAACACUACGAUGAGCUUGUCAGGUGCCAUGGAUCCAAAGCCUCCAGUACCUUAAAGUUAGCUCAGGUUGAACAAUUUGUUAAUUGCUUGAUUGAGACGAGGAAUGAGCUACAACACAAGUCUGAGGUUAUCCAAAGAAGGUUCACAAUAACAAAGGCCUUAUUGUACCGGGCUGAUAGGUCUUCAUUGGAUCGCCUAAGACAACAGAUAUACAAGCUAGAGUUAGAACAAAAGAGACUGGAAGAGGAUGCUUUUGUAUAUAAUUGGCUCCAACAGCAGCUUAAACUCUCUCCAGCAUACAAGAAGAUGAUUGAGUUUGGUGCUCACAUGGAAACACAACCAAAGUCUGAUGAAGAUGAAGAAUUUGCUGACAUUUCUUUCGAAGAACUACUAGCACAAGAGAAGAAGGAUGCUUUUUGGCAGCGGAUUGGGAAUGGGAAAUCGAAACCAUGCUCUGGCUGAUAGCGGGAGUUUUUUUUUGGUUUUUUUGCGGAGGUAUUUCAUGAAUCCACUGAUGACAGCAGCAGCUGCUUGUACAUCUGACACUCAGAAAUCAGAAUCAUGCAUGCUCCAACAGCAGGAUUUUUUGAGUUGCCUGUGAUGCUUAGCUUGAUUUUGGAUCUAAAUAUCCAAUAACAGUACAUCCUUAUAUUCUUCACAGUUUUAUUGGUAGUUACUAGUUAGGCAGGCUCUUUCCACCAAAGCUAAUUUGCCCUAGGUGUGGCAAACCAUGUGUAAUAUACUAUCAAGCUGUAUUCUGGUGGUUUUUGGCUUUGCUAACAACCUUUCUCUCAUUAUGGUUAUGGAUCCCUUCUUUUCCA